AUGGUUGACGACAGUCACCAGAAAGUGGCUUUGGGGGUCGUAGUCGCCUUUCCCAUCCUAGGAGGGAUCGCAGUCGUCCUGCGGUCAUGGAGUAGGUUCAUGACACGGACGCGGGUCGGGCCUGACAUUAAAACCAACUACGUGGGCAUCCACGAAUGGGACAUUCCCGCAGACUACAAUGUGAAAACCGGCCUCAUUUGGAAUUUCGCCAACCAACUCCUCUACAACCCCUGCCUCACAAUGGUCAAACUCUCAAUCCUCUUCUUCCUCCGCCGCCUCGAGUCGCAAUCCCGCCUAGUCAACCUCCUCAUCUGGAGCACCACAAGCGUCACCAUCCUCCUCUUUCUCGCUGUUUUAUUCGUCGACAUCUUCCAGUGCCACCCGAUCGCCUACGUCUAUGACAUCUCCCUCGCCAAUGGGAAGUGUAUCAACCAGGGGGCCUUCUAUGUCGCCACCGCAGCCAUCAAUCUGUUUACCGAUAUCCUCGUCGUCUCGAUUCCGACCCUCAUUACCUUCCGCCUCCACAUGCCGUGGCGAAAGAAAUUGGCCGUCUGUUUGAUACUAUGUAUGGGAUUGGUAGCAACAGCAAUCGGCAUCUGGAGAAUCAUUCUCCUGGCGAACGGCUUCUUCCCGACCCACCCCGUCACCGACGCGACCUAUGCCAUCGGCUUCUGCAGCUCCGCCGUCGAGGUGCAUGUCGCCGUUGUUGCCGCCUGCGCCCCGUGUCUCAAGGCGGUCGUCAGCCGCAUCUGGCCGCGCCUCUUCGGCGCGACUGAUCAUUAUUCCUCCGGCAGG